AUGAUAAUAUAACAUUCUUCACGAUUGGAAGGAAAACACACAAAGAAUAGUAGAAGUGCAUAAAGAGUCACUCCUUCCCAUAAUUUAUAUACUGAAUCUUCUUACAUAUCCUAAAUCUUAGCUCAUUAGUAAAAAAUUAAUGAUAUUCCAAACUCUAAUAAGAGAUUAUUGAAUAAUAUUAGUCCAUUAAGUCUUAAUUAUAAGGAGGGAAAAAUACUUUAAAAAAACUAUUUGCAAAAUAAAUACUCAUAAUUAUUAGAGGGGAGUCAUGUUUAAAGAGCUGGUUGGAAAAAGUAUUUAUUAGAUGGAUUUAAAGAGAAGAUCGAGAACAUCUUAAAUUAAAACAAGAAAAGCUUAAAGUUAUUUAAAAUCAAAAGAUAAUAUUUUACUAGAAGCGUUGCUUUGUAACCAACAGUUAUUUAAGAUGAUUAUUUAACAGUGGAUGCAUUGAUUAAAAAAUAAGAUCCUACUUAUGAUAUUGAAUAAGUUUAGGAUAGUUUAAUAUAAUAACAUAAGCAAUACUUAACAAAUUAGAAAAACACUGAUUAUGAUGAGAAGUAUGAAAAAUAAUAAUAUUGAGAUUAUAAAACUUAGUAAAGUAAUUUGAAAUAAUAGUAGAUAGGAUAGAGAAGGAAGCAUUUAAAGUUAAAAUACCCACUAACUUUUAAACAGCUAUGCAAAAUUACAAUGACUAUUAUAAUGUUUAAUUAGACUUAAAAAAAAAAUACAAAAGUUUAAAAGUUAUUGAUUUUAGUAAAUUUGAAAUAAAAUAAAGAAUAAAACAAUCAUAUGCUUUAAACUUUUGGGAAAAAGAAGAAAUUGAAGAAGAAUUCGAAUAAUAAGUACAAACCUGUAGAGUAUCUACACAAAGUUAAUGUAAAGAUGAGUUACUGGAAGAGAUUAGAUAAUAUUAAGCGAUUUAAAUUAUUUAAUAAAUUGUAGAUUUACCAUAAGAAACAGAGGAAACUGAAAAUAAAGAGGAAGAAUAAGUUUAAACAGUAUAAAUUGAUGAACCAAUAUAACCAGUAAUUGAAAAACCUAAGGAAAAAAAAGUUAAGAAAAAGAAUGUUAGAUACAAAUAAAAAAAGAGAGAUAGUAUCGAGGCAGUUAAUGUUAAUAAAACUCUUAGAGGUAAUGAAAUAUAAAGCACACAGAAAGAUGAAGAAUCUGAAAUAUUUCAAACACAACAAUUAAGUAGUUAGAAGAUAUUUGAUCAUAAAUUUGUUGAUUACAUGUUAUCAUUAGAUGAUGUUCACGAAGCUAACCUUUCUUAAUUCAUGGAAAAAUAAGUUGCAGAAUAUGAUUCCUAUAUAUUUUGCGACCCCGAUGAAGAAAUUGUUUACAAGCAUCAAGUUGAUUGGAAUUGUUAAUUAGACUUUUUAUUAAGAAAUAUUAGCUGA